AUGGACGACGACCGGAGACCACCCUCCCCAGAGCCCAGCGAGCGGUCAGCUUCCCCGGAUACUCCACGGUCUGCAGCAGGUCAAGCAGGCCUUGCCGGGGUAUAUCAGCUUAUGGCACAAGUGCUGCAACAGCAACAGAUGAUGCAGCUGGCCGCUAUGCCACCGGCAGGCACCUGCUAUGAGAGGUUUCGCCGACUAAACCCUCCGACCUUUGAGGGUGGGCCUGACCCUAUGGCAGCAGAAGCAUGGAUCCGGGAAAUAGAGAAGAUGUUCCGAGCUCUUCUUUUCCCCGAUGAGGUGAAGGUCCGGCUGGCGGCCUCUAUGCUGACAGGAAACGCCGAAUACUGGUGGACGGCCAUGGAGACGGCUUAUGCCGUUGACGGACUUACAUGGAGGAACUUCAAGAGGUUGUUUUACAACCAAUAUUUUCCGGAUUCAGUCAACCAGUCUAAGCAGAAUGAAUUCUUGGCGCUGACCCAGACCGACCGGAUGUCUGUUCUCGAGUAUGCCAAUAAAUUCAACGAGCUGGGACGAUUUUGCCCCCAGUUCAUGGAGGAGGAGAGAAGUAAGGUGAACCGGUUUGAACAGGGAUUGAGAAAGAGAUCAAAACUGGAGGAUAUUCCAGUAGUCAGAGAAUAUCCGGAUGUUUUUCCGGAGGAAUUACCGGGAUUACCCUCAGACCGAGAGAUCGAAUUUGCUAUCGACCUCGCACCAGGAGAGGGGCCAGUCUCCAAGGCUCCUGAUUAA